UGGCUUUUCUGCCACUACUAAUAAUGGAAAUUUUAAAAAGAGGGAUCAACAACUACUAUUGAUGGGGAUAAAAAACUUUGUUAAAUUGGGUCAUAUUAAAAGUAUACCUGAAGAAGCAAUAGAUCAAAUUCUGAAAAAAGAAAAGAGAAGUUUUAUAUUGACAAAAAUUUUUUUUAAUAAGAUUGCAGAAUUAGGAAUAGUUAUAGUUUAUGAUGAAGAUGGCAACAAUGAU